AUGGCUUUUGCACCUGUUUCUUCGUUAGUUGUCGAUGAUCUACCAAAAUUCUUCUCAAUGAUGUAUCAUCAAUUGAUCAAUCAAGCUAUUUAUACAUUUGCUGAACUUGGAAUAGCUGAUCGAUUGAUAAAUGUACCAUUAGAUCGUGGUUUUACUGUUGAAGAAAUCAUUGGUGAUAAUAAAUUACAAUGGAAUCGAGAUUUACUUUAUCGAAUAUUACGUGCAUGUAUUUAUAGUGGUAUUAUCGAAACAAUUAAUGAUGGAAAACAUUUUAUUCUUACUACAUCUGGUAUUAUGAUGAUGUCGGAUCAUCCAUCACAUGUUCGAGAUUUUAUUCGUUUUAGUUUUGGACCAUUGUGUACUCGUGCUAGUUUACAUUUACCAAAUAUGGUACGUAGAGAAGGUACAGGUACUGGAAUAGCUCGUGUUUCAGAUGGUAAAGAUUUUUAUACACUUAUGAGUCAACCAGAUCAAGAAGAAUUUUUAAAAAUAUUUAGUGGUUCUAUGACAAUAUUUUCAAUGCAAAAUGGUUCUCAAUUAAUAACAACUAUCGAUUUUGGUCGUUUUAAAACUAUAGUUGAUAUUGGUGGUAAUCGAGGAACAUUUUUAGCUCAACUUCUUGAAAGAUAUCCAUCAAGUAAACAUGGAAUUAUUUUUGAUUUGUCACAUAUUGUUAAUAAAUUUUAA